GAUAGCACAUUUCCGCAGGAAUGUUAGUCAGUCUAUCAUCAUGGUCCAGUGCAUGUCUCACAGGGUUGAGCUGGCUUAUAAAGCUGCUUUGAAGGUAGCACCAGCAUUUACUAAGGUGCAUUGCUUGCUAGAUGAACUUUUCAAAUUUUACCACAAAAGUGCCAACCAAACCAAAAAUUUAAAGAAUACUUUCGUUGCCCUUGGCAUGUCCCAAAGUCUUCCUACCAGGAUAGGCGGAACAAGGUGGCUGGGCCAUGUGCAGACAGCAUUAAAGAGCUUGUGGAAAGGCUAUAAAGCCUUUGUCACACACCUUAGCCAGGUUGCUUGUAAAAGAAGUGGACAGUCAGCAACACAGUCAAAGGCAAAGUACUUGGUCAAACUUCUGCGGUCUAAGGAUGUUAUCAUCUUUGCUCAUUUCCUUACUGAUCUUGUUGGUGUUCUAACCAAGUUCUCCAUGUGUCUACAAACGAGAGCAACAUGUUUUUAUGAAGUCCACCAAGAAUUGCAAUGUACCAUUGCAAACAUUAAAAAGCUAGAAAACAGGUGA